AUGGCAAGGCAUGGCGGCCGCCAUACCUGGCCGCCGGCGAACACCCCCCCACCCCCCAGUUCUUGCUGUUCGCCAUACCUGGCCGCCAGGGGUUUAUCAAAUUUCCUUCAGAAAAAAUCAAAAUUGGAGAAAAGAAAAAUGGCUACUGCGAAGGAAAUUGUAGGGUUUCAUGAGGAAGAUGAUAAAGAAAUAUUCGUCAAGGAUGAAUGGUACUUCGUGGAAUUAGGUGAUGGGGAAAUGAAGACCGAGGAGCCAGUUUUGUGUUCGUCGACGACGAGGACGACCAAUGGGCAGUGGCUCCCCGAGGUGAGGUACCCCUCUCUCCUCGUCGUCGACCUGCAGGAUUUCCAGGUCUCGGCCAGGCGCGUCUUGACCCCGUGCGAUAAGCCCGAGGCCAUGCCGCCUGGGACUGCGCCGCCGCCCACCGUCAUAGCGCGUCGGGGCCACGCCGCUGCCCACCGCCGCAGGUUGUUGCGGUGCGCUAGGCCGGCCUGGCGUCUGAUCAAGCUCUUUGCAUUGGAGGCCUAUGCCCUUACUUUGUUCGGAGGCUCGAUUCUGGGAUAUGUUUUCUAUGAUCUGACUCAUUACUACCUACACUAUCGGAAACCAUUGGAAGUUAAAUAUUUUAUCUGUUUUUUUUUAUCGGUCGAAUACGGGCGACCCACGACAUGGAUGAGCGCGGGGUCGACGGAUCAAUGGAUUGGCAUACCCGCCGGUAGUAAGGCGACCCUAAACCCCGACUGGCGACCACCUAACCAAGUAGGCGCACUUGCCCUCCAACGGCUGGAGAUAGUGUCAUAUCUUGCUGAUACCAAGAUGGUGGUGCAGGGCUUUACUGUCGACCUAAAUAAACCUCUUGUCUUCCAGGUUGGUCAUCUUGGUGAAGAAUAUCAGGAUUGGGUUCAUCAGCCAAUCGUCAGCAAGGAAGGCCCUCGAUUCUUCGAAAGUGAUUUCUGGGAGUUUUUGACUCGUACUCAAUGGUGGGUCAUCCCUCUUAUCUGGCUGCCAGUUGUUAGCUGGUUCAUUCCAAAAUCCGUUAGUUUGGGCCACACAAUACCUCAAGUUGUACUAAUUGCUGCUCUUGGCAUUCUUGUUUGGACUCUGGUCGAAUAUACACUGCACCGAUUCCUUUUCCACAUUAAAACAAAGAGUUAUUGGGGAAACACAGUUCAUUAUCUUCUCCACGGUUGUCAUCACAAGCACCCAAUGGAUGGUCUACGUCUCGUUUUUCCCCCUGCUGCUACUGCUGUUCUUUUAUAUCCCUUUUGGAAUUUGAUAAAAUUAAUAUCUACUCCCACCACGGCACCUGCGUUAUUUGGCGGUGGUUUGCUCGGUUAUGUGAUGUAUGAUGUCACUCAUUAUUAUGUGCACCAUGGGCAGCCCACCAGUGAAAUUCCCAAGGGCCUCAAGAAAUAUCAUUUAAAUCAUCAUUUCCGAGUACAGAACAAAGGAUACGGUAUCACAUCGUCCCUUUGGGACAGGGUGUUCGGAACCUUACCUCCAUCAAAACUGGGUAAAAAGGGUAUAUGA